AUGCCGCGGGGAGGUAGAGAUCCGACAGUAAGCCCCAGCAGCCCUCACGCCAUGGGAUCUGUCGGUCAGCGCGAAGCACGCCGAGGCCGACAGCCAGAGAGUGAUCGCCUGCCAGAGACUGCGCUGCAAGCCAGCCAGGAAAACUCAUCGCUAGUAGCCGCCCAAGCCAAGCCCCAGGAUCCGCCAGAGCCGCCCAGGGGCCAGCCCAGGAUCCGCAGAGCCCGCCACGCGCAGCGAGCGCAGGCAGUCGCUGCCAGACUGCACGACCGCUUCAUCCAGCGACGUCUGAGGAGCCAGGAGCGCCGGGAGAUGCAGCGGGAAAUCCUCUCCAUCCUGGGGCUGCCCCACCGGCCCCGGCCGCACAUCUACACCAAACAAAACGCUGCCCCGAUGUUCAUGCUGGAUUUGUACAACGCUAUAUCCACGGACGGACAACAGCCASCAGGCUUUUCGUAUUAUAAGCCCGUUUUAAUGACCCAGGGGCCACAGAUGGUGACCCAGCAAAACAGUAUUUUCCUCAAUGACGCGGACAUGGUGAUGAGCUUUGUCAAUCUUGUCAAUGUGCCCCUCAGUGAGGAGGACCUGUUCCUGCUGGACACGCGUGUGGUGUGGGCUAUAGAGGAAGGCUGGCUGGUGUUUGACAUCACAGCCACCAGUAACCAGUGGGUGGUGAACCUGGACCAGAACCUGGGCCUGCAGCUGGCUCUAGAGAGCAUGGACGGCCAGAGUGUGAACCCCAGGCUAGUAGGGCUGGUGUGGGGCAGUGGGCUACAGGACAAGCAGCCCUUUAUGGUGGCCUUCUUUAAGGGAACUGAGGUUCGCCUCCGCAGCGUCCGCUCUGCCCACGGCCACAAGGGGCGCAACCCCAACCGCUCUAAAACCCCCAGGAAUGCCCAGGACGCACUGAAGGUUGCUGAGGCUGCAGCAGAGACCCUCAGCACAGACCCCAAACAGGGCUGUAAGAAGCAUGAGCUGUAUGUCAGCUUCAGAGAUCUGGGAUGGCAGGACUGGAUCAUUGCACCAGAGGGCUAUGCAGCGUACUACUGCCAGGGCGAAUGCGCUUUUCCCCUCAACUCCUACAUGAAUGCUACCAAUCAUGCCAUUGUGCAGACUCUGCUCCACGGCAUCUCAGUCCUCUACUUUGACGACAGCUCCAAUGUCAUUCUGAAGAAGUACCGGAACAUGGUGGUCAGAGCCUGUGGCUGUCACUGA